AGUCUUUAUUUAAGUGAGAAAGCAGGUGCAGACAGAAUAUCUACUAACACCUCGUUCUGACUCAGCGAGAUUAGCACUUCUCGAACUGUAGGGGGCGCUGUGGCCAUCUUAGUCCAGUAAAUCCACCGGUAAAACCACUGAAGAAGAAAAGACUGUUGGAGGCUACAGACUCGAUGUUGAGCAUGAAAACGCAGGUGGAUGUGGUCUGCUGUAAAUCAGUAGGAACUGAUCUGUCCAUGCUGGAUAUUGAGGAUUUCAUCACAGAAAUCUGUCAGCUGAAGAAAGAGGUGGCUUCACUGGAGGCAAAGCUGAGAGAAAGAGGAGACAAACUGAACAGAGAGGAUGUGGAGCAGGUUUGGGUGCGUGAGACUGAUGGGACAGAAGCUCAGGAUUCAGUCUGGAGCGUCAGAGAUCAGAGAUCCAGAGACACACAGGACUCAGAGCUCAGCCUCACUUUACUCUGUUAUACUGACGCUCAGGAUCAUGAAUCCACUGAUCAAACCUCUGACUGUAACGCUGGAGAACAGCAGAUGCUGCAGACGCCGCUGAAGAUGUGCUCCGUCAAACUGGUGGACUGCAGGAACCUGAUCGAGAGCAGAGGAGAAGAAACCACCGCAGAGAAACAACAACAACACACUGAUGAGGAAGAGGAGGAGGAGGAGGAUGAGAAUAAUGGGGAGGAUGAUGAUGAUUUCAUUCCUCCAGAUGAUAAAGGCUGUUCAUCUUCUGAUGGAGAGACAGACUUAACAUCUAAAGAGCAGCUGACGGUCAAGAGUUUCUCCUGCAGCACCUGUGGAAAAACACUGAGUUCAGAGAGUCAUUUAAAGAGACACAAGAGAAAACACACAGAACAGAAAAGCUUUAGCUGUAGGAGAUGCAACAUCAGCUUUGCUACCGCAGAAGAGAAGAGACUUCAUUCAAAAGAGCACAGCGGGAAGAAGGAGUUUCAUUGUGAACAGUGCGGCAAGGUUUUUUUCAUUCAUUCUAGUUUAAAACUUCACUUAAAGACUCACAGUGAAAAGUCUUUCCACUGCAGUGAAUGUAACAAGUAUUACAGCACCAAAGGAAAUCUUGAUGCUCAUAAGCGAAUCCACACAGGAGAAAGACCAUACAAGUGUCCGCACUGCCAGAGAAGAUUCAAUUAUGGAUCUCAUCUGAAGACACAUAUACGUUUGCACACUAAUGAGAGACCGUAUCAGUGCAGUGAAUGUGGGAAAGCCUUCACAGACUCAAGCUCUCUAAAGUCACACCAGAGAAUCCAUUCUGAUGAGAAACCGUAUCAGUGCAAACACUGCGACAAACGAUUCCGUCAAAGAACUGCUCUGAACAGUCAUGAGAGGAUUCACACCGGAGAGAAACCAUAUCUGUGCGCCCACUGCGGGAAGAGCUUCUCUGAUCCAUGUUCUUUUACAUUUCAUAAGCGAGUCCACACCGGAGAAAAACCAUAUCACUGCAGCGUCUGUGGGAAGAAUUUCAGUAAACAUAAUAUAUUUCAAAACCACAAGAGGACUCAUACUGGAGAAAGACCGUUCAAAUGCUCACAGUGUGAAAAGACGUUUGCUCGAUCAGACGUCCUUAAGGUCCAUCAGCGAGUUCAUACAGGAGAGAAACCUUACUCCUGCUCCAUCUGCGGCGAGAGAUUUGCUUAUUUAGGUAGUUUUCAGACCCACCAGAACAAACACGCUAAAGAACAAACUGCUCCAGAAUCAUCAGAGUGACUUUCAUAAGUCAAUCUGGGAAAGAAAUCUUGUUUGGCUCGUCCUGAAAGUCUUCAUUGAGUUCUGACUGCCAGUAGGUGGCAGUGAACUUUUUAAUGUGGUGGAUUGAUCCAAGUGCUGUAUAUAAUGUCAUGUUUGGCUGAGUAGAUCAGUGAUUUUCUGUUAAACAAGACAGAACUAUUAAAAAUCAUCAUCACAAAAAAAACAUAAGUACCUGGAUUACAGUGAGGUAAAAAAGUAUUUAGUCAGCCACCAAUUGUGCAAUCUCCCACUUAAAGGUCCCGUUUUUCGUGUUUUUUUUUUAAAGCUUUGAU